AUGGAAUAUGCAAUAAUAUCACACAAUAUCGAUUUUGUUACAUUUUUGAUGAAUGAACACAAUAUAAAAAUUAAUUUAGAAUUGUGCCCUAAAUACAAUAAUCUUCAAUCAUUUUUAGUUUACUUGGAUCAAACAAAUGGCAUCAACACAUGUUUUGUUUAUUCUCCUAAUUUCCAUCUUUCAUCACUUUUAGAAUAUUUUAUUUCAAAUGGUGCAGAUAUCAAUGCUAAAACUAAAAAUGGAUGUACCCCUCUUCAUUAUGCAGCCAGAGUUAAUAGCAUUGAAACUUCAGAAAUUCUUAUUUCAAAUGGAGCAGAUAUCAAUGCUAAAGACGAAGAUGGAUAUACUCCUCUUCAUUAUGCAGCCAGAGUUAAUAGCAUUGAAACUUCAGAAAUUCUUAUUUCAAAUGGAGCAGAUAUCAAUGCUAAAGACGAAGAUGGAUAUACUCCUCUUCAUUAUGCAGCCAGAGUUAAUAGCAUUGAAACUUCAGAAAUUCUUAUUUCAAAUGGAGCAGAUAUCAAUGCUAAAGACGAAGAUGGAUAUACUCCUCUUCAUUAUGCAGCCAGAGUUAAUAGCAUUGAAACUUCAGAAAUUCUUAUUUCAAAUGGAGCAGAUAUCAAUGCUAAAGACGAAGAUGGAUAUACUCCUCUUCAUUAUGCAGCCAGAGUUAAUAGCAUUGAAACUUCAGAAAUUCUUAUUUCAAAUGGAGCAGAUAUCAAUGCUAAAGACGAAGAUGGAUAUACUCCUCUUCAUUAUGCAACCAUUUAUAAUAGGAAAGAAAUAGUAGAAAUCCUUAAUUCAAACAAGACAAGACUGUCAUGUUGA